GGUCGCACGUUGUUGAUGGUGGGAUGAAGCGACAAAACAGGGGUGUCGUCCUUUCUUCGCUUGUGCAGCUCUUCCAUUGUUUACUUCAUCGGCCAUUUCCGUGUCUUCGAUCUAGGUCAUGGCUCGUUGCUCUGUGCAAUUCUCCUAUCACUGAGAACAGAUUCGGUGAGAAAUUACGUCGAUGUUUCAGUGAGUAUACUCUAUACCGGGCAUCUCGGUACUGCGACUACGUUUGGUACAUGUUAGUCUUCCGGCGAGGUAGGAAUGACCUGGUGGCCCCUUCACUAAACCUCUAACCCAAUGUUUGCCGCUUCUUCCCUCUUUCCUGCCAUCUUAAUGUUUUCCCAAUCUUCAUAAUUCUUCAAAUAUCAACUAUCAACUAUCAACUAUCAGUUAUCAGUCUCAAUAACUGUCGUAUCCCGCAUCAGCCAUGACCGAUAUUCCAGGCUUUGGGGGCGAAGCACCUGACCAAAGGAUCAGGAACAAGCUUCCACAUAUUAGCAAUUGGCUGGUUACAAAACAGAACCCCCCACGGCUGGGUAUUGGACUUGACUACAGACGAUGCGCCGCCCUUCAUAACUACAUCCUAAAGUUUGUCGAAGAAUCGAUGAUUGUGAUAAACGUUCCAGGCUCAAGAUGUUAUGUUACGUGGUUCGACGAUCUACCAGAAUGGAGACAGAAGACUUUAAAAGAAAAGGGAAUGAAACCCGGCACCAUCAGAUUCCUCAAAACCGCUUCACAUAACCGGAAGCUAAUUUUCUUCCACGGCAAGACGGGAUUGAGUACAUAUGAAGACAUGUUGGCAAGCAUGAAUCACUACAAGAAAGGAAGUUUCAUCCUCUAUGGUACGGAUUUAGCAGGGGACAAACAUCCACACUCUGGGAAAGUCUUGUACAACCAGACAACUUGCAAAGCUUUGAUCAUACCAGAAAAUGCCGACAUCAGAUUCUUCGGUAAAUUCAAUCUUUGGCGACCUUUGGAAGUCAUUCUGAGUGCUUGGAUUGAAAUGAUCCAUGUCGGCAAGAUGACAUCCCGGUAUUCGCCUGACCUCGUGAUGCCCGGAGGUCAAUUGGGAGCUGUGAUGUUGAACAAAUGGACGAAUUACAGUUUUGGACAGGAACAGAUGAUCGAAGCAGCGGACGCAUUCCAACUUCUCCUCAAACAGAUACGGUGCAGGAUGAUUGUAGAUGCCGGUGUUGCUCUGGGAUCUGGUUUUGACCGAGGGCCUCUGUUUGACAGGGCUGACCUUCAUGCAGCCAAGAUCCCGAAACAUUGCUUUGCGGAACUCUUUCUCCUGAAAAUCCGUACCCCGCCAGAUGGAUUACUAUAUAUUGCGCCAGGUAUCAGGGCACCUUACAAAGAGAUGACUACUCUGUUCCAGCAACAGCUUCUAAGUCCGACCGCAUCCACAAACAUCCCUUCGAUUAUGUUGUUUCCAGCCGAUGAGAUCAGAAAUUCCGACCAGCUUGAGCAAAGUGAGGAUCAGUACCCGGAGAAUGUACAUGACACAACAGCUUCUCAUUCGUCUGUAGGAAAUUGCGACCAGGUAGAUUCUAUGGCGUUGAAGGGGAUUCCACUGCCAGCUGGCGUAUAUUCAGCGGAAGCCAGAUUCGAAGAGGACAAUGCGGAAAGAAGGCUUUAAACUCAUUCUGCCUUUUCUUUUGAAACAAUCUCGACGCCUUCGUAAGAGCGAUGGCAGCCGCAUUUCCAGACACAGUUACGGAGAUCUAUACCAGCAUGGAUUCAAGUCGUGUGGGGGAGAUAGGAGGCGCCCUCAGAGGCUUGUCAAGUUGCUGGAAAACUGGACAAUGAUGGUGAAAGACGGCCAAUGGAAUGUGGAUAAGAACGGUGUAGCUGGUGGGAUCGAUGUUUUUCGGCAAGCCACAUCACCCCAGCUUGCACCUCUGUAUACCAUUGAUGCAGAAUGGUAGUCAUUUGUCCCGACUACCUGAUGGUGACGGGAUUGAAGUUGGCUGAGAAUCUGGAGUCACUGAAUAGUCCUCCAGUGGAGUGACUACCGUGAUAUUGAGUCAGUGAUCCUCUUUUGUCACUAUGGCAUGGGCAUGGGACUUGACGAGGAGCCAGGUUAGCAGAUGAUGUUCUCAACCAGUUGCCUUCAUACCACCCUCGACCGGCACGCAUAUUCGCCUUGCACCUUUUGUGCUUGGUUAUCAUGACAAACAACUUUAGUUGAAGUUCCUAAUAAUGACUCAGCUCAAUAUCCUUAUCACAGUACAUUCUGAGCUGCAGCCUACAGCCCCUCGUAACCCUCAACGUCUAAGCUUUCUCGAUUUCCAGAUUGCGCCUCCUAGAUUUGUCGAACUAAUGUCCUUCUACCUUCCGUUCGUAUGUCAAACGGUCAGAAGGUCAGAGAGUCAGAAAGUCACUGUAGAUACUCGGUUCGUAAUUGUCCAUAAGCGACAGCCGCCGAUCCCCCUCACAACACCAGCAAAUUUUCACCGCCGUGCUCCCCUCACUACCUUCGAAACCCGAGCCGCGACUACAAUCCGACGAAUGAACCCCUCCACCUCGUACUCCAUGGGGCGGGUAAGCUUUUCUGUCACGUUAUUGUUGGCGCAACGGUGUUUGAUGUGUCGGCAACUAGGCAAAAACAAGCUUUCUCGAGUGAGGGGAACGAGAUCCGUCGCACCGUCGGCCGAUCAGCGCGCGGGAGAGGGACAUGCUUUACCUGUCCAGCUCUCCUAUUGUCGCUUGCAGUUCCGGAUUUCGCUUUGUUUUUUUUUUAUUUUGUUGUAGCAUGC